AAAACAACUUCCGACUUAAAUCAAGGUGGAUUGUCUCUUUACUUGACGACAUUCAGAAAUUCGUGUUCACUGUAACAGUAAGAGAGUGGGUACUUUAUAGUUAAUGAACGCAGGAAAGCGGGUCCUUCGGGUUAAAGGGAAAGGGUGAAAGGGUAGCGCGUGGUGGUGGUGUGGUGUUUGUCUUCCCGGUUCUCGCUGUUGAAUAUUAUCGACGUAAACGAUUAUUGGUUUUGCGAAAAGCGGUUGUGACGAAAGGUUGUAUUAGGAAGGCAUAAACAAGAUAAAUUGCAAGUGCCAGAAAUGGCAGAGAGACCAGAGGAUUUAAACCUUCCCAAUGCUGUAAUCACCAGAAUCAUUAAGGAGGCUCUUCCUGAAGGAGUGAAUAUUUCGAAGGAGGCCCGCAGUGCCAUAUCCCGAGCUGCUAGUGUUUUUGUGCUUUAUGCUACUUCCUGUGCCAAUAAUUUUGCAAUGAAAGGAAAACGGAAAACACUAAAUGCCGGUGAUGUUCUAGCAGCCAUGGAAGAGAUGGAAUUUCAGCGGUUCGUUAACCCUCUAAAGGAGGCUUUGGAAGCCUACAGACGAGACCAAAAAGGGAAAAAGGAAGCAUCGGACCAGAAGCGGAAAGACAAGGACAAGAAGCCAGAGUCUGAGGAGCAAGAUAAGAGCCACGAGGAAGAAAAUGAGGAGGAAGAAGACAGGAUGGAGGAAGAAGAGCAGAAAGAGGGUGAGAAUGAAGAGGAAGAUGAUUUGGACAACUGAAUCCAUGGAGGGAGAGUUGCAGUGUUUCACAUGAAGGCCAUACCCAAGUACAUUGAAACACUUCUGCCUUGUGUUUUGGAGUAAAUAUUUCAUUUGACAGUUGUCAGUUAAGUAUAUUGUUACUGUGUAACUUCUGCAUUACUGCCUUGAAGGCUAGACAUCAGCCCAUGUUUCUAGAAUGUUUCUCCUCUAGUAUGAAAUGUCGUAUGCUGAUACAGUUAGAGAUUCUGAACUGCCCACUUAAUGCAAGCUUAGUAAAAGUCUAAAUGGAUUUGUGAUGGUCUACAAACUGUGUUGAAGAACAUGUUUACAUAAUUUUUAAGUAACCACUUGGACAGUGUUGGAUCCUCACUUCUUUAAUCUUCAAGAUUAACAGCCUGUGAGUGAUGAGUAGAGUGGUCCUUCUCUUCUGUUGCAGUCUGCUCACAAGCUUGUAUUGAUAUGCUGAAGCUGUACAUUAAUGUUAGGCCCUAGAAAUGUAAUUGCUUAACUGUACAUUGCUAAUGCUUUGCAGUCCUAUAGUACAAGUACCUCUGAUGUAUGCAGAGUUUGGUUACAAUAGUCUUCAGGCUGGAUCAUAAUAGGGUGGCCAUGAUUUGGAACAGUGUACCACCAGCAUAAGAGGUAACUGCUGUAUCAGGACUUGCCUUUCUACACAGAAGUUUUAAACUUUUUGUAUUGAUAGCUUAAGCAUAAUAGCUGGUAAGAAAUUUUCCAGGACUUUGUUACAGAAUGCAUCCUCCUUUGGUUAUUUGGUGUAAUAUUGUCUCUGUCCUUUAUUAAGGAUUAGUUUUUUGGCAUUGACAGUUACCUAACCUGAGAGGCCUCUUAGGUUAUGCAAAUUAGUCAUAAAGUAAAUUAUGCUGGUGUAGAGUCAGUGAGUGAGCUGUGUAAAUUAAACUUUUUCUGACGUCCAGUUGGACUUGGAUAGAGUGUUGUGUAUGGGUUGUUGGUAUUCAGUAUGGUGAGAGAGGCCCCAGCCCACUGUUUGAAAAAUUGACAAAAAUAGAAGAAGCAUGAUGCAGUUUUUGCAUUGUGCUGUUUGUUGUUUCAUGAUCGUAAAAUUCUCGGGUCUCAUUAUUAUAAGAAAUUUUAACCAUUUUUUUAACUUCAGUAAAUCAGCCUUAUCUUUUUUUCUUUACCCUGCUUAUAACCACUUGCAUGUACUGCAUCAGAGCUUUGACCACAUUUUUCUUUUCCUGUUUAUUUUUCUUAUUGCCACUUGCAUGUACUGUAUCAGGUCUAUGACCUCUGAUUGCAUUUUAGUGGCCUUUUUUCAGAAGCUGGUAAAUAGCUAUGUAUUAUUGUCACAGGACUUAUGUUAAAUGACCAAGGAAAUGUCUCUGGCAUUGUUCAUUCCUAACCAUUUUUAUGGAUUUAUUUUGCAGCAUGGUCUGAUAUUUUUUUUUUUUUUUUUUUUUUAUUAUUCUGUUUAGUACAGUAAUCUUUUACUGUGUAUCAGUAAUCCCCAAGACGUAAUUAAUGUAUUUAAAAUUCAUAGUAAAAGAUUUGUAAAUUAAUUCUUUAUAGAUUUCUUCUGCGUACUUUAAAUAAAAAUUUGGUUAAAUGAAUAGUUUUCAUUUUGGUUUAUCUGCAAGUGUUUGUAUUAUAUGUGUAUAUUUUAUGUGUAUGCAUGUAUAUGUGUGUAUGCGUACAAGGAUUCUCCAAUAUCUAAUCCUAAGCCACGUAUCACUACAUCCACUUUCACCUUCAAGCCUGUACCUAUUAUCCUAUGUAAAACUCUUCUUAAACUCAAACCUUGCUCUAUUUCAGCUGAUGACCUUCCAAAUGAGUACCUUUAAAAUAGCAGCCGAUAGUACUGCCUACCCUGUCUCAGUCCUUAUAGGUCAAUCCAGGAAUCCUAUGUUCCCUCGCUUUUUAAAAAGUCACACAUGUCCUCUGCACAAAGGAGGACUUUCAACAGAUGUUACUAACUUUAGACCUAUAGCAAUCUUCUCCCCCCACUCUAGAAUAAUUGAAAAAAAGUUUAGCAAUUGUUUUUGAAUACAAUCUUCUCCUGUAGGAAGAAUUCCUGUCCCCUACACAAAAUGGCUUCUGUCCCUCCUGUAGUACUAACACUGCACUUCUGUCCUAUAUAGAUACUGUCAAAGCUAGGGAUAAUGGCAAACUAGUCUCUUCUUUAUUUCUGCACUUGUAUAAAGCCUUCAACAAAGUUUGUCACAGUAAACUACUUCUUUAGAUGUCCUCAUUAGGUUUCUGUCAGCCCAGCCUUUUAUGGUUUAAAAGCUACAUAUCUGAUAGGUCGGCAAAAUGGCAUUCCACCCUCUCGCCAUGCCUCCUGGUCAACGCUGGUGUACUGAAAGGCUCUUUCUUCCUCUUUAAAAUUCCCACCAAUAUUCCACACAUUCGCACAACAGGCCACCCGAAUAAAGUAUGCAGAUGACUCCACAAUCAUCUGCACAUCUGGCAAAGUGACACACCUCCAAAAAAUUACUCGGGAAGUUUUAACACUUGCUGAAACGUGGAUUUGUAGUGCACAACUCGUAUGCAACCCCCCUCCAAAAAAAAAUACUACUAUUUUUACCCAAAUCCCUCGCCUAUGAAAAAACAGAAUUUUUCAAAAAGUCCUGUCUUGGUAAUACAACCAUUGAAGUCACUUCUCACUGCAAAUUAUUAGGGCUGAUAAUACAUGAUAAUCCUAAAUUCGACCUGCAUAUACAAAAUUGCAAAACUUGUCAAAAACUAGGGAUGCUUUAUAAGUCAAAGGCUUUUCUCACUAACUCUACUAAAGCUGUAAUUGCCGCCACUUAUCUCCUCCCUGCUCUUCUUUAUGGCGCUCCCAUCCUUACUAACCUUCAGGCUUCACAAAAAUCAAAACUUGAACAAUGCUUUAACAAAGUUGCAAAAUUUUGCAGCCAGUACCCCUUUCAGAAUCCACCACUGUGUAGUACAAAAAAGCCUAAUUUGGUUAGAACUAUCCUGUCAACUAACAUGUACUCCUGUAAAAUUAUCCAGAAUCCAUCUGCUUGUCCAGCAUUGAAUAACAUUCUAUACAACUAUGUUUCUAUUCAGGCAUUACGGUCCAAUGACAAAAAUACUUGUGUCCACAAGUCUAUCAAAUCUGCUGGGCAUUGUAAUCGUACCAUGUUGCUAAGUCCUGGAACUCCUUAUCUCGUAUCAAUCAGGUCGAUACUCUCCCUCCCAUCCUUCAAAACCAUUCUGAAAGGCCUCCUAGCCAAAAGCUGGUUAUGUUCUUUCUAAGUACCAGAUAAAUUGUAUCCCUAAAUAUGAACAAAUACCAAUUCACAUUUUGCAUAUCCUUACUCUCCCAUCUUCACUCCCAUCAAUUGUUCUCCCUUGGCUUUCUCUCUAAAUAUGUCAUAAGCCUGCUUUUCUCUCACUUCAUAUUGAAAUUCCUGUUUUGCAUUAUACUAAUUUACGUUUAAUUUCUCAAUUAACUGGCUAAAAAUCUCUCUAUUAAAUCCUUGUCAUGUAACUUCCAUCUAUUCUUAACCAAUGUUUUCAUAGGACGUCUUAUAUGGUAUAAUUUAAACCAUAUUUAUUUUUUGUAUUUGAAAGACUGUAAAAUUAUUAUUCUUAAAAUGUUUGUUUUAUAACACUUUAGAACUUUUCUCCCCAGGCAUCUGAUGCAGAUUGGCUCCUAUCCAGUCUGACUUUAAAGUAAUCAAAUGUCAUAGAUAGUGUGUGUGUGUGUGUGUGUGUGUGUGUGUGUGUGUGUGUGUGUAGGAGAUAAAGGCCUGGCAAUCUGCUUCGUCUUCAAAUUUGCCUCUUAAACUGUGGAUGGAGUUGGCUGCUCAUGGGGCUCACUUUAGAAAUGGGAUGCAUCUCUGUAAUAUUGGAUGGAUAUGAGCGCAAGCAUACAGUUUUGUGUUCAUGUGGUAGAAGAAAUGAGAAGCAUUGAUUAGUUACAUGAAUGCUGCAUUCUUGUUUUCAUAUGGAUAUAACUUGUCAUGAAGCUCAGCAAUGAAUAUACCUUGUAGGUGAAUUAUAUGUCAUUGUAUGUAUUUUAAAUUUCAGAUAUGAGAAAAUCAAGUGUUGCUUUGCAUAGUUCCUAAUGUUGUGAGCAGUAAAGGGUAUACUUCUCUAAAACCCAGAAAUACUGUACAUUAUGAAGUAGAUGUUACUAGAUGUGAGCAGUAAAGGGUAUACUUCUCUAAAACCCAGAAAUACUGUACAUUAUGAAGUAGAUGUUACUAGAUGUGAUUUAUGUCUAAAUAUGACAUUUUCAUCAUAAAUGUCGCACUUGUAGUUGCAUUCAACAUGAACUGUAAUUCAUCUGCAGGCAGAUGACCUCCCAUCCAGUUGGACUUCCAGAGGUGCUCUGUACAGACAGGUUUCCUUCUCACACAGGCUGAUGUUGAAGGGGAGAACAAGUUUGCACUAUCUUCAGUUUUUUGCAACUGUCAGUUUGGUAGUCUGUACCAUUUGAUAUCUCUCAGAUUAAUAAAGUACCCCACUUUACCAUUA